AUGGCCAUGGAGGUAGAGAAGUUUGAGAUCCAAGGUCCCAAGAUGGCCGAUUUCUCAAGACGGACGCCGGACAUGAUCAUAACCCACCGGGAGCACCGGGCAAGUGAAUCCGAACUGUCUACCCAACCACCGUCCUCAGCCCCUUAUGCCGAAACWGGAGCUCCCAUCAAUCGCAGCCAGACCGCCGAGGGGAGGAAAGCACAGAACCCCGGACUCGCGUGGCCACGGAUACGAAGGACUCUUAGAGAGGCUCUUUCAGAGUUCAUGGGUGUCUUUGUACUAAUCAUGUUCGGUGAUGGAGUUGUGGCCCAGGUUGUCCUCAGUAAAGGUGAGAAGGGUGACUACCAGAGCAUUAGCUGGGGCUGGGGUAUUGGUGUGAUGUUGGGCGUAUAUGCCAGCGGCAUUUCGGGGGCCCACAUAAACCCGGCAGUCACCUGGGCGAAUUGUGUGUUCCGAGGCUUCCCAUGGCGAAAGUUUCCGAUCUAUCUCGUUGCUCAAACCCUUGGAGCCAUGGUUGCGUCAGGGGUAGUUUAUGCCAACUACUAUAGCGCGAUCGAUGCUUUCGAAGGUGGCUCGAUGAGGACAGUGAGCGGUCCGACGGCGACAGCGGGCAUAUUCUGCACAUACCCAGCAGAAUUCAUGACCAGGACGGGCAUGUUCUUCUCCGAGUUCAUCGCCUCUGCGCUUUUGAUGUUUCUCAUCUACGCGAUCAAAGAUGAUCACAACAUCGGUGCCAAGAAUCUCACGCCUCUAGCAUUGUUCUUCAUCAUCUUCGGCAUCGGCGCUUGCUUCGGAUGGGAAACUGGAUACGCCAUUAACUUGGCUCGAGAUUUCGGACCGCGACUGAUGAGCUACUUCCUCGGGUAUGGAAAUGAAGUCUGGAGUGCGGGCGGAUAUUACUUCUGGAUUCCGAUGGUGUCUCCCUUCCUUGGAUGCACAUUCGGCGGCUUCCUGUACGAUGUACUGCUCUUCACCGGAGAGAGCCCAAUCAACACGCCAUACUGGGGACUUUACCGUAUCGUGCCGAGUUUGAGAAAGCGAUACGCGGGUAUUAAAUGGGAGUCACCGGAUGAUAGCCCAGUAUGA